AUGAACGGAACUAUUAGGAGUGGGUCUGCUAACCCGACACAAGGGCUGGGUCAUGUACAAAUGGGGAAAACAACACCGAAUAAUGGACUGCACAGGAAGAUGACGAGAACGGAUCAGUCGAAAUCAUCGUACGAGCAGGUUCCGCUGCAUACCGCAUGUUUCACCUAUCUUGGAUUCUAUCUGUUAAUGAUACUGGGAUACAUAAACCAGCUGUUCUUUACACCAAAGGUUGCUACGGAAAAGCAUCGAGAUGGUUAUGUGCCGCUCUACGAUGCUUUUGAGAAGUUUUAUCUGCGCUAUGUUUACCGACGCGUGAAAGAUUGCUGGAACAGGCCAAUUUGUAGCGUUCCGGGUGCAGAAGUCGUGCUGAAGGACCGAAUCACGAAGGAUUACGGCUGGUCGUUUGAAUUUACCGGAACGGAAACGAAGUGUCUGAAUCUGGGUUCCUACAAUUACCUUGGCUUUGCGCAGAAUGAAGGUCCUUGUGCUGAUGAAUCUGAAGAAUGCGUUCGGACACACGGUUUGGCAUCCUGUAGUUCACGCCGGGAAUUAGGAACGAAUCCGCUACAUAAUGAGCUUGAAGCGCUGACUGCCAAAUUUCUUGGCGUCGAAGAUGCGAUCGUAUUUGGCAUGGGCUUUGCCACGAACUCUUUAAACAUUCCUACACUGAUUUCACCGGGUUGUUUAGUGGUUAGCGAUGAGAAGAAUCAUGCUUCGAUCAUUUUGGGACUGCGACUUUCCGGAGCAACUCCAAAGGUUUUCAAACAUAACAACAUGGUGGACCUUGAACGUGUCCUGAGGGACUCAAUUAUAGCCGGACAGCCUGGCACUGGUAAACCGUGGAAAAAGAUUCUUAUAAUAGUGGAAGGCGUUUUCAGCAUGGAAGGUUCGAUAGUGAAACUUCCCGAGAUUGUUGCGUUGAAGAAGAAGUACAAAGCUUAUAUUUAUCUGGACGAAGCUCACAGCAUCGGUGCGACCGGACCAUCCGGCCGGGGUGUUUUGGAUUAUUACGGUGUCAACCCGAACGAUGUUGACAUUUUAAUGGGCACAUUUACGAAAAGUUUUGGUUCGGCCGGAGGAUAUAUUGCGGGCAAUAAGCGGCUUAUCAACUUUCUGAGAGUGCAUAGCCACGCACACUGCUACGCUAGUUCGAUGUCUCCGCCCGUAACGCAACAAAUUUUAACGUCAAUGAAAAUUAUUCUUGGAAUGGAUGGAUCAUCGGAAGGCAAAAAUCGUAUUUCUCAGUUGGCAAGAAAUACGCGCUACUUCCGGAAGCGACUAGCCCAAAUCGGAGUGAUCACCUAUGGGCAUGAGGAUUCGCCCGUAGUGCCUAUGCUGGUGUACCUGUUUUCGAAGAUUGGGGCCGUAGUUAGAACAUUGACUUCUAAAAACAUUGCCGUCGUUGGUGUUGGUUUUCCCGCGACUCCGAUCAUGGAGGGCCGUAUCCGUUUUUGCCUGUCGGCCGCACAUACAAAGGAACAGUUAGAUUACGCUCUCUCGGUCAUCGACGAUAUAAGCGAUACGUUGGGUCUAAAGUAUUCCCGCAAACCUAGAAAUGUAAAUCCCAUCGAGUAUUAG